AUGACUGCCAGUACCCCGCAGCUUGAUACAUCCCCCAAGCCCACUGAAGCGGCGACAACCGUCGUUCAGUCGCCGACUUCUACUUCUCGUUACAGCAAGCACAUUGUCCUAACUACCUACCCCGGCCAAAGCGGGAUCGAUCCCGUCCCGCUCGAAUGGGGCGCCCCCGAUGCCAAAUCCCGCGGUCCGGUGAUCGUCUCUCGUAGCCCGAACCUCCUCAAGCGCCGCAACGCUAUGGGCGCUCAUGGCGGAAGCUACAGCAUUUACAACGCCCUCGCGAUUGCGGCGGGCGACCUGGACCCGGAUUUCCGCCCGGACCUCCGCAACAGCGAGCCUACCUUCAAGUUUCCUCCGCAGCCCGCCUGGGGCGACAAGACCAAGAUCGUGUCCAUGGACCCCUACGGCCACGAUGUCGUCAACCAGUACCGGGACGAGUUGGAGGCUGGCUGGGACAUCCGGCCCACCAUGGCUGUCACGCGCGCGAACAUGAAGCUGGCCGAGAUUGGCGAGGCCGUGCGGGAGGGCAAGCUCGAUGUCGACGGUUCGAUUGUGGUGGACUCCGGCGGCGAGGUUCGCGUCACCAAGGUCGCCGUGGAGCCCGUCUGGUACCUGCCGGGGGUUGCGGAGCGGUUCGGCGUGGAUGAGGGGACGCUGCGGCGGACGCUCUUCGAGCACACGGGCGGAAGUUACCCCGAACUCAUCACGCGCCCAGAUCUGAAGGUCUUCCUGCCUCCGAUAGGUGGAUUGACGGUUUACAUCUUUGGGCCUCCCGAGAGAGUCUCAGACGAGAAUGUCCGGUUGGCGCUGCGGAUUCACGACGAGUGCAAUGGUAGCGACGUCUUCCAAUCGGAUAUCUGUACGUGUCGUCCGUACUUGGCGUUUGGUAUCGCGGAGGCGAUCCGGGAGGCGCAGAACGGCGGCAGCGGCGUGGUGAUCUACUUCCGGAAGGAAGGUCGUGCUCUGGGUGAGGUCAUCAAGUACUUGGUCUAUAAUGCUCGCAAGCGCGGUGGUGAUACUGCGGACAAGUACUUCACUCGCACGGAGAAUAUUGCCGGUGUUCGAGACAUGCGCUUCCAAGCCCUCAUGCCCGACAUUCUGCACUGGCUGGGUAUCAAAAAGAUCGACCGGAUGCUGUCCAUGUCCAACAUGAAGCAUGACGCCAUUGUUGACUCUGGAAUUAAGAUCUUGGAGCGUGUGCCUAUCCCGGAGGACAUGAUCCCCAAUGACUCCCGCGUCGAGAUCGAUGCCAAGAUUAACGCCGGCUACUUCACCACCGGCAAACAGUACACGAUGGAGGAGUUGGCCGCUGUGAAGGGACGCGGUUGGGAGAAGUGGGAGGAUGUUACGCACUGA